AUGAGCACAUCCACCACCGAGACCUCCCAACAAUAUCACCUCCCCACCUACGCCCGCUUCCCCUUGGCUAUCGCCCGCGGACAAGGCGCUCGCCUCUGGGAUGAGGAUGACAAAAUGUAUCUCGAUUUCUGCAGCGGCAUCGCCACCUGCUCCCUCGGCCAUUGUCACCCCGCCAUGGUCGAGACCAUCACCACCCAAGCCCGCGAGCUCAUCCACUGCUCAAACCUCUUCCACACCAAGCCCCUCGCCGAUCUCGCCAAGCUCCUCGUCGAAGACGUCAUGGACGGCGAAGGCAAAGUCUUCUUCGCCAACUCCGGUGCCGAAGCCAACGAUGGACUCAUCAAACUCGCGCGAAAAUACGGCCAAACCCACUCCAACCCCGCAGGGCAGGGCCGACAUGAAAUCAUCACCUUCUCCACCUCCUUCCACGGACGCACCAUCGGCUCCAUGUCCGCCACCGCUCAGGGAAAAAUUCACGACGGCUUCGGCCCCCUCCUUCCCGGAUUCCACUACGCCGAAUUCAACAACCUAGAAGCCGCCAAAAACGCCAUCACCGAAAACACCGUCGCCUUUCUCGUCGAGCCCAUCCAAGGCGAAGGCGGAGUCAACGUCGCCACCGCCGACUUCCUCCACGGCCUUCGUGAACUCGCCGACCAACACGACCUCCUCCUCCUUCUUGAUGAAAUCCAAUGCGGCCUCGGCCGCACCGGCACCCUCUGUGGCUGGAACUCCAUCGCCCCCGGCCUCAAACCCGACGCCCUCUCCUGGGCCAAAGGCAUCGGAGGAGGAUUCCCCAUCGCCUCCUUCUGGGUCUCAGAAAAAAAGACCCACACCGGAAACCUAUCCCAGCUCCUCGGCCCCAGCACUCACGGCUCCACCUACGGCGGGAACCCCCUCGCCACCGCCACCGCCCACACCGUCGUCCAGACCAUCAUCAACGAAUCUCUCCCACAGAACGCCCAACAAAUCGGCGACUUCAUCCAAAAAAAAAUCACCUCCUGGAAUCACCCCCUCAUCACCGGCAUCAGAGGAAAAGGACUCCUCCUCGGCAUCGGCAUUGACGCCUCCAAAUUCUCCCUCCCCCAAGACCAAACCCCCGCCGCUCACCUUGUCAGCCAGAACCUUCAAGCUGGACUCAUCCUCAUCCCCGCUGGCCCCGAUACCAUCCGCCUCAUCCCUCCUCUCAACAUCACCAAAGCCGACGCCCAAGAAGCCCUCACCAUCUUCAAAAACAUCCUUGACCAGCAGUAG